CGGAUCAAGUCGUCGGAUCACGUCCUUGAAAUUGGAACAGGCUGGGGCAGCUUUGCUAUCCAGGCUGUGCGUGAGACUGGAUGCACCUUGACCACAGUCACUUUAUCGACGGAGCAAAAGGCAUUGGCUGAAGAAAGAAUUCAUGCUGCCGGGCUGGCAGACAAGAUCACGGUCUUGCUUUGUGACUUUCGUGAAAUCCCUAAACUAGGCCUUCAGUUUGAUAAGGUAGUAUCUAUUGAGAUGCUAGAGCACACGGGAAUCGACUACCUACACGAAUAUUUCGGAGUGAUCAAAGAUCUGUUGACAGAAAAUGGCUCCAUUGCAACUUUCCAGGCCACAAUGAUGUCGGAGUCUUACCAGGCGGAUAGCCAAGCAACUGGAAGCUUCAUCUGCAAACAUAUCUUUCCCGGGGGUUAUCUGCCUACUCUAACGGAGACGGUUGCGGCAAUCAAUAAGGGGGCAGGUGACCAUUUCGUGAUCGAUAGGGUCGAGAAUUUUGGCGGCCUUGGAAGAGCGUUUCAAGCCUGGGGUGAAGCCUUCGACCAAGACUUCGACGCUCGAAUACGCCCCGAUCUGGUUACUAGGCAGCUCUGCGAUGCAGAGAUCGAAAAGUUCAGACGAAAGUGGCGGUUUUACUUCGCAUACUGCCAGGCCGGGUUCGAGGAACAGGUUCUUCGGACAGUAACAGUUAGACUUGUACGUAUGGGGACUUCGAUUCUGGCACAGGAUUACUACAUGUAAAGUAGUUUAGCUUCAAUGAGU